UACUAAAUCUAUUCAUUUAGAUUUAAUUAAAAUUGAAAAUCAAUCUAGCGUCUUAAUACCCAUUGGCUUUAUUAAACAAUAGUAAACAAGACAUGAUGCUAUGUUACGAAAAUAAUAUGGAUUUUUGAAAAAUAAAAAUAAAAUUUUUUAAAUUGAAAGAAAUUAAAAUUUUUAUUUCAAAAUAAGAGAAUUAUUGAAAAAUUAAUUAAAUUGAGUUGUUGUAAAAUUUUUAAUUACAGAUAAGAAUUAAUUUUUAAUUUUUUUUGGGGAGUGUAGUGUAGAUCUGAAUUAUCAAAGACAUGCAUGCUUCAAUGAAAACAUUUAUUUGGUGGAGAUUACAAAGAUUAACAAUAAUCUUAUAGCCCUAUAUCUUGUAAGCCUCACCCAUAUUUGAUGCAAUGAAGAAAAGAUCCAUUGGCAAAUCUCAAUCAUCUACCUUCUUUUCUCUCUCACCCAAUCCCCAUGAAGACAAAUUCAUGGAUUCUGCUGCACUUCUGUGUUUUCAUUCUGCUACAAAUAACUUGUUCUCAAGAUCCCCUGACGUGGAAAAAUAUAGACUGCGGGACAGAAGCACCCCGUGUGGGACCCAACUUUCUGACGUGGGAAAUGGACCAUGACUUCACUCCAUCAGGAAUCAACAAACGCCUCCCCGAAAAUCAGCCAUUGGAUGAGAUGACCACUCUCCGAUUCUUUCCCAAUCGGAUGGACCAAAAUUGUUACACAAUACCAGCAUAUAAGCAGAACCUGCAGUACAUAAUUCGAGCUGGGUUUUACUACGGCAAUUACGAUGGACUCUCGAAACCGCCAACGUUCGAUCUGUAUUUAGACGGCCAAAAAUGGUCAACAGUGAGCACGUCAACGAUCGGAGGGCCCAUAUAUGUUGAAGCCAUACAUUGGACACAUGGGUCAGGUAGCAUUGGAUUGUGCCUGAUUCAGACAAGGAAUGGAGAAGUUCCUUUUAUUUCUUCACUUGAAGCUAUGCCUCUGUGGACUCACUUGUACUUGCAAAUGGAGACCAAUUCCACUUUCACUCUUCUCAAUAGAACUAACCUUGGUGGUAAUGAAAUUAGGUACACGGGACUAUUGUCGGAUGAAAAGUACAACAGGAUAUGGACAAGUGGAUCCAUUCCACCAAACUGUAAAAAAGUCUCUACCUUACCAGAUUCCACCACCCCCACACUACAAAACGAUCCUCCUAAAUUAGUCUUACAAGACUCCAUCACAUCUAACACUUCUGAUCCAAUAAUCUUGACCGUUGAUUCUCCACUUAAUUGGACCUCACAAACUGCUUAUCUUGUACUCUACUUCACAGAGACGGCAACCAGGCCCACCAUAGACGAUACGAGAAUCAUGGACAUUGAGAUCGACGGUCGGAUGAUGUACACAGUGGGAACUGAGAUCAAUCAGUGCAAGGUGGUUACACUCUAUCCUGUACCUCUUGUGGGUCCUACAACCAAUAUAAAGUUGGCCCCAUCUAGGUUAUCGACAUUACCGCCGAUCAUCACCGCAAUUGAAGCUUUUACAAGGGUUAAUAUUGACGUUCAUAAUGAUCCUCCUCCGCCUAGCUCCGCGGCUUCCGGAGACAACUCCACCAGCGGUGCAUGGAAAAGGUUUUGUGUACCUUACAUCGUUUUCAUUUAUAUUUCAUCCGCAAUUUUUAUGUUCUAAUUUUUACCAUUUAACACCACAAAAUGUUACAAUAUAUAUACAUAUAUUAUUUACUCUCCUUGUUUAA